AGCAUGCGCUAGACGUCGCAAAUGCUGUCGUAAUGUUGAUACUGACAAUGUAAAUUAUUAUUGAUUAAUUUGAGAACAAACAUUUUGAGAACAAAACAUACGAACAGUAAUCAUAUAAAUAUUUAAAUGCUGUACUGGACGCUGGUUUUCCCAGAAUUCGGAAAUUAUUUACGACCUUUACGACUUCUGAAUGAAAUAGCCGUGGACUAACAUUCAGGAUUUGACCAUGUGAUGUUUUCUUUUUCAAACGUCCACUGUAGUGCCAGUGCGCAGUUCUUCUAGUUGCAGUUGCAAAUUUAUACUUCUUUACCAUUGACUAUUUUAUCGGUGAGUUAAAACCAUACAUAGUUAGUUAGCUGACCUCUCAACGUCAGGUAAAACAAGAAACUCACGUCAUUGUGAUGAUUACACACAUGAUUGGCUAUCCAGCUGAGCUAACUAGCGAUACCAGCCUUUAUACGAGCUAACUAGACAAACAACAUGGACAAAACACCAACUCCAGAAUCAUCUUCAGGGGCAUCCAAUAGGGGCUACAGUUUAUUUGGCAGAACUUCAACGGAAUAUUCUAACACUGAACUCGCUGGGGUGCCCUUGACUGGUAUGAGCCCCAUCUCACCAUAUCUGAAUGUGGAUCCUCGAUAUCUUAUACAAGACAGUGAUGAGUUCAUUUUACCCACUGGGGCCAACAAGACCAGAGGUCGGUUUGAAUUGGCCUUUUUCACCAUUGGAAGCUGUUGUAUCACAGGUGCUGUUCUUGGAUCUCUAAAUGGCCUGCGUAUGGGUCUGUCAGAGACCAGACAGAUGGCAUGGUCGAAGCCACGGAAUGUGCAGAUCUUGAACAUGGUGACACGUCAGGGAGCAACAUGGGCCAACACACUUGGUUCAGUGGCUCUGUUGUACAGCGUGUUUGGAGUGGUCAUCGAGAAGGCUCGUGGAGCUGAGGAUGACGUCAACACGGUGGUUGCCGGGACGAUGACGGGCAUGCUGUACAAGUCUCCAGCUGUGUGGAGCAAGGACCAGCCAGACCGCCGUGCUGCUCCUCCCACUGGUGUGUUCUGCGUGAGACUGAGGGCUUCUCUCUGUGUUUACCUUCUGUGGUCUCCGCGGAGCUGCGAGAGGAGGCGUGGCUGGCCUGGCCCUGUCAGGACUCUAUGCUCUCUACACCAACUGGGACCACCUGAAGGGCAACUCUCCCAACCGCUACUAAUCAGCUGCUUUGCUCCCGCACUGGCAGAGCAGCCAGUCCACAAAUCAAACCUGGGGAUUCCCCCUGAAUAUUCCUGUGCUUGUAUGCAUAGUCAAUAUACUGAUACUUAGAAGGCAUCGCUUCCCAUGUUAAUACCCUUUCUCUCAUCACAUUCUCUUGGGCAUAAGAGGCUUGCCAAGAUUGCACUAAAGAGAGGAUAGGAAGAGUGGUGGAACGAUAUGUAUUGCUUAACUGUUUCUUUAUACUGUAAGCUGAAUUGGUGGCACAUUUAGAUCAGCAUGUUAUCACUUGAGUUGUGGUUGACAGCUUCUUAUGGUCAGCAGGAUCACAUUCCAUGUUUGCGUCUUUUGAGCCACAGGUUCGCUUUGUGAUUUAUGUUACUAUGCUUUGUUAUUGUCUCAAAGAUGGUGUCGUCAGAGCCAAGGAGUUCUUGUAGUACCAAGUAACCUAGUCCCCCUGAUGAUACUCCUGAUCCUGGCUGUUAAUGUAUAUAAGCAUACUAGCCACAUGGCAUUCAUAAAUGAUUGUACUUGAAAAAAAUAAAAUUGGAUUCAAA